GGUAUCAUAUCCUAGUGGUGUCAAUGUAGAUUAUGGAAACGAACUUACGCCAACACAAGUAAAAGAUGAACCAACAGUUAAAUGGGAUGUUGAAGAUAACACUCUUUACACUUUAUGCAUGACAGAUCCUGAUGCUCCUAGUCGAAAGGAACAUACUUAUAGAGAAGUACAACAUUGGCUUGUUGGAAAUAUACCAGGUACUGAAAUAAGCAAAGGUGAAACUCUUACAGAAUAUAUUGGUUCAGGACCUCCUCUAGAUACUGGACUUCAUCGUUAUGUAUUUUUGGUAUACAAACAACCAUCUAAAUUAAUAUUUAAUGAACCAUAUGUUACUAACAAGUCACCUGGUAAUCGUACUCAUUUUUCUAUUCAUAAAUUUGCUCAGAAAUACAAUCUUGGAUUACCAGUUGCUGGUAAUUUUUAUCAGGCACAAUAUGAUGAUUAUGUGCCACUUCGCUACAAACAGCCAACUACAACUUGAACAGAAAUUUAUUACAAUAUUUAUUUAAAAAAACAAAACUAUUAUAUAUUAAAACACUCUUUAAAUAGGGUAUUUAUAAAUCAUAGUACUGUAUAAAUAAAUGUAUAAACCAUUGUUUAUGUAUUUAUGUUACAUUUGUUGUUUUCAUUAUAUAAUUUUUAUCAAAAUAAAUUCUAAACUUUGAACAAAUA